CGUCCGGCAUAUACAUUAAAUUUGACGUUGACAGUGUAAAAUGGAGAAAAUAAGGCGGAUUUUACUCAUUAUUGCGUUUUCCAUUAGACUGUGUUACUGUGAAAAGAAUCUAACGAAUUCCAUUUUAUACGACUAUCUACUGGAUCCAUCUAAAUAUAAUCCCAAUAUCAUACCGAUAUGUGAAACCAGUGACAAAUUAAUUAUACACGUUGGAUUGGCACUAAGAGAUAUCGUGGAAGUGGGAGAAAAACAACAGUUCAUGCGCUUUAAAAUAUGGGUUCGUUUACAUUGGAAGGAUUGCUUGCUGGGAUGGAAUCCUUCUCAGUAUCAAAACCAAACCGAUUUAACAGUUCCCUCCUCAAAUGUCUGGACUCCAGAUAUAACCCUAUUCGAAGGAGUCAGUGAUGAAGGGAACAUGCCCAAUAUGGAAGAUUUCAGAGCCGACAUUCACUACACAGGAACUGUAUCCUACAAUUUUCCGGCCAUCGUGACUAUUUCCUGCAAAAUAAAUGUGGCGUAUUUUCCCUUUGACCACCAAAUCUGCACUUUGACUUUCGCUUCAUGGAUAUACACAGGAAAAUUUAUUGACUUGGCAGUCAAGGGAAAAAACGUGGAUAUUCAAAAUUUUCUCACGCAUAAUGAAUGGGAGGUUGUAGAAACAGCAGCACACAGACACAGUGUUUUGUAUGCUUGUUGCCCCGACCCGUUUCCCGACAUAACCUUUUAUAUUCAUAUGAGAAGGAAACCUAUCUUCUAUGUGGUAACCAUAAUUUUUCCCUGCUUCUUGAUUAAUAUGCUAACCUUUACAGGUUUUGUGCUUCCAUCAUUUUCGGGGGAAAAGAUUUCUUUACAGGUAACCGUUCUGCUGUCUAUAACCGUCUUCCUGUUGCUUGUACAAGACAAAUUGCCCUCUUCGUCGGAACAUUUUCCUUGUCUUGCCAUAUAUUUUGCAAACAGUAUGGCACUUGUGUGCGUUUCGUGUGUUUUGUCCAGUAUUGUGUUAUACCUUUAUUACAGAUCGCCUGAGGACCACCACAUCUCUCCGCUCAUUCGAUUCAUCUUUCUUGAUAAAGUCCGCAAAUUAUUGCGUGUUAAGUCCGAGAAAGCCGUGAACACUUUGAACGCGGAGUAUACAGAGAUGGACCAGUGCCAUUCCCAGCAACAUGGUGUUGAAAGACGUGAACGGACGAAAUCCGGCAACCAUGUUAUACUUUCAACUUCCAUUCCAAUGUUUCCUCGUGAAGCUAAAAGUCAAACGCAUAAUGAACAUGGGAUAGCUCAAAACCCCGAGGAAUGGAAAACCUUUUCUCACGUUUUAAAUAGAUUGUUCAUGUUGGUCUAUUUCUGCUUGACUUUCGGAAACACUUCAUUUUUUGUUAUAAAUAUAAUAGCAAAUUAUGAAGGACUGAAAAUUCAAGUGAUCCCCGAGGAUCGUUAAUAUCUAAUUCUUUAUAUACUGUGUAUAUAUAUAUUGUGAAUUAUUUCUUAUUAAUUGCAUGCAGAGACAAAAAUCAAAUGAGAAAACUAAAAAUCAAUUUGAUAAUGUAAUCAAAACGUUCAUUUGAUGUAACGAAAUAUAUUCAUGGGAAGUUUCCAAGCAAUUCUUAUUUAUCAAAAGCAAUACAUUGAUAGUAUUAUAUGUUUUGCAGUCAACGCUGAGCUGUUAAUUUGAACAUAUGUACAUAUCUGAUAGUUUUGUUAGAAUACAUGUUUUUGUCAUAAAUUUGUUAUUUAGUAUUGUGAAAUAAUACAAUAUUAAGAAAUAAACUGUGCUUUGUUAAUUCUCAUGAAGAAAUUUCAAACACGUAACAUAUCAAUCAUUUACGGUAUACACGUAUACAUAUUUCUCACGAAAUUAAAGUUAUGCGGAUUAACUAUUUUCUUUAAAACCUCUAUGAUUUGUCUGCAUUUCUGUAAAAUAAAAUAAAAUAAAUAAAUUGUAUUUUGGCCAAUAAUGGAAAAAGAAUUUGAUCUAUAACCUCCACUUUUUUAAAGUUGUAUUUCAAGGUAAAUUUUGUAACUUCUGUCCAAGCUUAAAAAC